AAAACGUUAGUAGAGUGCACUACUAUGCGCUAUGCGCUCUAAUGGGAAUUUGAAAUUUAGGAGAGAGAUCGCACGCGUCCUCCUUCACUUACGCAAAAUCUUUUGCAGGAACAAUACGUACAAGUUUCUCAGGAAAAAAUCAAGGAUUCCACGCGUUAGCUACACCACGCCUCCGCACUGACGUGACAAGAUGGAUCUCUCGUAAAUUUGCAAUUAUCAAUUUUAUUAACAAUACAUAUCCUGGAUCGUACGAAGCACUGGCAAAAAGAAGCUGGUGGAGAAACAAAAAGAAAACACACACGCGGGAUGAAUGACGAGCCGGCGUUAAGCCGACCAAGUUAAAGUAGUAAUCCGGUGCAUCUCGCGGUGGCGACUGGUGUCGCGCAGCAUCCUGCAAAGGCAUGUCACUCCUCGAGUCUCUGGUCCUCUCGACCGUUCUUCUCGUCUGGUCAGUUUACGCUCUCCCGGAAGACGCGUUGGGCGACAAUGCAUCGCAGGCGUCGAUCAUCGAAACGGUGUUGGAGCGCGAACCGGCAACCUUCAAACUGUACACCAGAGAGAACCCGUUCGGCGAGGAGCAAUUAUUCCUGAACGACACCGAGGUAUUGUAUGCGUCGCACUUCAACGAGAGCAGGCCGACCAAGUUCAUCGUUCAUGGAUUUAGCGACAGCGGAAACGAGGGCUGGAUACGAGAUCUAAUAGAUGCGUAUCUGCUUUAUCAGGAUGUGAACGUGAUAGUAGUCAGUUGGGGAAUUCUGGCGGCUGACGACUAUCCGGUGGCGGCUAAGAAUACGCGCGUCGUCGGUGAAUAUUUCGGCAAAUUCCUCGAGUUCUUAAAUCGGGACUCGAACCUGGAGUACAAGGACGUGCACAUCAGCGGUCACAGUCUGGGUUGCUACGUCGCAGGCUUCGCCGGAGCUUAUCACGACGGACGUAUCGGCAGAAUAACAGGACUAGAUCCCGCGAGUCCCCUGUUCGAAACUAUCUCCGGUGUCGUGGACCCGGAAUACCGAUUGGAUCCAACUGAUGCACAAUUCGUCGACGUUAUCCAUACCAGCGGUCCGGCAUUCGGGUUCCUCGCGCCGUUGGGACACGCUGAUUUCUACCCCAACGAUGGGAAGAUCCCCCAACCUGGAUGCUCCUUCUUCCCAACCAUAACUUAUUGCAGUCAUUCGCGAGCGCAUCAGCUCAUGACCGAGAGCAUUGGCAGUACGGUGGGCUUCAAGGCGAAAAUGUGCGAGAGCUGGGGAAAGUACAAGGAGCGACUGUGCGAUUACAAUCCGGUCGUUUUGAUGGGCGAAUACGCCUCUACGUCAUUACGUGGGAAAUUUUACCUGUCGACCAACGACGCUCCACCGUUUGCACUACAGUAAGCGUUGAAAGUAUCGAUCUCGGAUCUUUGAGAAUUCGUGAAUUCAUGAUUACGACUCGAUUAGCGAGGUGCGAUCGUGUAAUAAUUUGUACUAGUCAUUCAUAAGUUACUUUAUUUAUGAAACUUUCGAUUCUGAGCGCAUACCGAGCGUGCAUGUAUGCGCCGUAACAGAAUGUAUCCCUAAUAUACGUAACGCUAUAUAUAUUUGGAGAGAGUACAAAUUAUAAUAAUUGUGUGCGAGAUUGCGAUUUUAAAUCAAUAUCCCUUUCAUAUA